AUGGAGAAGUGUGACGUACAGCGGGUGGAUUCGUCUUCCUUUAGCCAGGCGCGCGAGCUGAAAGUGUUGCGCCUUCAUCGAAACCGCAUCUCGAGACUAUCGAACUACUUGUUCCGCAACGCUACCAAACUGGAACGCAUCAACUUUGGGGGAAAUCGUAUCGAUGAGGUCGAGGAACAGACCUUCCAAGGUAUCGCGGGGCUCGUGACGCUCCGAUUGUCCCGCAAUCACAUUAAGGUGCUGCCUGCCAAGCUUUUCGCCGGAAUGAAGCAGCUCACGGAUCUGAACGUCGAUCACAAUCGCAUCGAGUUCCUGUCUGAUCGUUCGUUCGAGGAUCUGACGUCGUUAAAGGAACUGUACCUUAGUUACAACUUUCUUCAGAAUCUCACCGACAAUGCGUUCGUUGGGUUAGCGAAUCUCAACACGUUGGCAUUACAUUCGAACCGAAUUGCGACGAUUGCACCAAACACUUUCGCACCGCUGACGAGUCUGGAAACUCUACUACUGGAAAACAAUCGUUUGCAAGCUAUUGCUCCGGAAUCGUUCGCAGCGUUGAUUAGUUUGAAGAAACUCGACCUGGAGAGAAACAUUCUGCAGAACCUGCCAAAGGAAUUGUUUAAACAGAACGGAGCGUUGCAGAUAUUACGUUUGACGAAGAAUAAUAUCAGUUCACUGGAUUCGGAAAUUUUUCAAAACCUGAGCGCACUAGAGGAUUUGUUGCUGGGAGAAAAUAACCUUUUUAUAUUAGAACCAGGUGUAUUUAAAAGCCUCGGUAGCCUGAAAACACUUAAUUUGGGUGGAAAUUUUUUGAGUUACAUCGCCGAUGGUACGUUCGAUGGGUUGCAAUCGUUUGAGAGUCUAUCGUUGUCCAAUGACGGUCUUUUGGUGUCAUUCUAUCCAGCAUUAAAAACGACAAUACGAUCACUUCGGACCCUGAUACUAGAUAACAACUUUUUCUCGAUGUUUGAUCCAUCAAUUUACGUAAAAACACAAAAAUUACGACAUCUGCAUCUGAGCAGUAACAAACUAGCAACAUCGGAACUACCCUCCUGUGAGAAUAUGCCUGAACUGACAAAGCUGCUGUUGGAGAAUAAUAAGAUUACACAUAUAGAUAAGAAUCUACUCUCGGAAUGUCGUCACGUGACGCUGCUCUCAUUCCAGAAGAAUCAUAUCGCGCAGAUUGAACCUGGUUCGUUUGAUACCGUCAGCAGUGUGCUGGAGCAGAUUGACCUCAGCCAGAACUAUAUUACCAACAUUUCAAACAUACUAUCCAAUCUGAGCGCCCUCAGUGUUGUAGAUCUAUCGGACAACCGCCUACGUACACUGCAAGAUGAUGCAUUCGACGGCUCGGUUGCCAUAACGCAGAUAAAUUUGGAUAAUAACUUCAUACAAGUCAUUCCGGCUGCUCUGGCAAAAUUACCACAACUAACAGAUCUGUCAUUGAUUGGAAAUAGGCUCAAAACCACUGUUUCUCCUGCCAUCGCAAAUGGAUUCGCUGGUCUGUUGCGAUUGUAUCUCACGAAUAACUCGAUCACAACACUUCAGGUCAAACAAUACCCGAUGCUCGUUGGACUCCACCUAGAAAAUAAUCAAAUUAAGAGCAUUCCCGAUGACGCGUUUGAGACGAAUGAAGACCUGAAAACACUUUAUCUGUCCAACAAUCGGAUCACGGGAUCGCUAGACCGCUGCUUCCUCCCGGUUCGUCGCCUGGAGAACCUUCAACUCGAUAGUAACCCGCUUGGCCGUAUUUCCGCCAGCACGUUCAGUUCCCUCACCCAGUUGGAGACACUCAUGCUGAAGAACACUAGCCUUACGGAGCUGAGAGGUAGUCCGUUCGCUUCGUUGGAAAAACUGAGCCUAUUGGAUCUAUCCGAGAACAACAUCGGAACCAUCGGAUCAGCGGAAUUGCAGGGUCUCAAGUCUCUCGAUGAGCUCUACCUCAAUAACAAUGACUUCGCUGAUGCCAAUUUGAGUGGCUUAUCUGUUGUAGAUAACGUAAAGUUGUUAACCAUAUCGUAUAGCAAAUGGAAUCCAUCGGCAGAUUUGCUGGUCAAUAAGACCAAGUUGGAAGAUCUCUACAUGCAAGGAGCUCAGUUCAAUGUACUGCCAAAUGACUUUUUCCUUUUCACCGGAAAACUAUCCCUUCUGUCUAUCUCCGACAACAAGCAGUUCAAUCAUCUUCCUAGCACCUUCUUCCAGCAUAUACCGUAUCUGAAGGAGCUAACGUUAGUGAACAAUAGUUUGUCAUCGUUCGAGCAAGGAGUUUUCGAUUAUUUGGGUCUGCUAGAGGAGUUGUACAUAAGAGGCAACCCAUUGCGAACGCUCCGUUCGGAUUUGUUUGCCAAGACGUACAGCCUGAAAACGUUGGAAAUAUCGGAAGCCAACCUUACCAGUCUACCGGUGGGAUUGUUCGGUUCCCUCAACCGUCUAAAAAAACUCGAUCUGGACAGUAAUCAGCUAUCGAAUCAACUAACGAAUCAAACCUUCCAGGGGCUGCACUCAUUAGAGAUUCUGUUGCUGCAAGACAACGGAAUAGAACGGUUGUCGCAAGGUGUUUUCGAUAGCCUAGUACUGCUGCAAGAAGUGUACCUUGGCCGUAACAAGCUGAGCUCGCUAGACUCCCGCCUAUUUGCCAACAUGCGCCACAUGAUGAUACUCGAUUUAUCGAACAACAAGUUCUCAACCUUUGAUUUGACUACAUUGUCGUUUGCCAGUCCCCUUCCUUCGUUGAAUUUGGAUAGUAACGGUUUGAAGACAAUUAAAAUUUCACUUAAACUGAACAUGCUGUCAGUAGAUAACAACGAGCUGAGCUCGAUCGAGAUUGAGCGAGAACCACAUGCGUACAGUAACCUCAUCCAGCUUUCGGCCUCUAGUAACCGUUUCACGACGAUGGAAAGCUUUUCACAAUUCCAUGCAAUGUCGGAGCUGGACGUUUCUUUUAACCGUUUUGAAACACUUGAUUUGGGUUUAUUGACUAACGAAAUGGUUUCGUUGAUGGUGCUGAACGCAUCCGAUAGCUACGUAAACCGAUUCUCUGUGGGAGAUUCUGGCGAGCAACUAUCGCUUGUUCAUCUGGACGUUUCCAAUAACAAUCUGACCAGCCUGGAAGAUUUUGGCUAUCUGCGGUAUCCAUUUCUGAAGAACAUCGUAUUUGGUGGCAAUCAGAUCGACAGAUUCUCGCUAGAGGAUGUGUCCAAACUGUUCACUAUGCUGCGGACGAUCGGUCUCGAGGGCACUCAAGGCAGCUUGAGUUGUGAUUUCAUUCGUGGAUUGGAUCUAGAUCGUUUUUAUCUUAAUCAGUGGCGCAAACAUGAGUUGGAAGAAAAACAGCAAAAUUGCAUGAAAAAAGAGAAGGAUAUAUGCUGUGUUUGA